AUGUCUACCCUCACGAUGACUCAGCGCAUUGAAGAAGAGAGAAAGGAUCAGAAACUCGGUGAGAUUAAGGAACUUAAUUUGGAUGGCUGCAACGCUACCGAAAUUGAGGGCUUGACCGAUGAGUAUUCCUCUUUGGAAAAACUUAGCAUUGUUGACGUUGGACUAACGACACUUGCCGGUUUUCCUGCAUUGCCAAAAUUGGUUAAGCUUGAUCUUUCUGGUAAUCCUAUCGCCGAAGGUCUUGAAGCGCUAGCAAAGUGCACAAGCCUAACAACCCUCAAUCUCUCCGGUAACAAAUUGGCCUCCAUUAAGGAUCUAGCUCCUCUUGCAUCUCUUGAAAAUCUGUCUCAUUUGGAACUUUCUACUUGUGACCUCGUAUGCGAGGAAAAUUAUCGCAAAGAUGUAUUCGCUCUUCUCCCACAACUGUCAUUCCUUGAUGGGCUUGACCAAAACGGAGAGGAGGAGUCUGAUGUGAAAGCUUCCGGUGACGGAGUGAAUGGAUCGAAUAACGGUCAUACCGGCCAUGAUGAAGAAGAUGAAGAUGAUGCUGAAGACGAAACUGAGGAUGAAGAGGAGAUUGGCCUUUCUGCUCUUCAAGGCAGCAAGGAACUUGAGUCGGAUGCGGAGGAUUAUGUUCCUGGUGAAGAAGAGGAAGAAGAACCUGAGAUAGAGGAAGACGAUGAAGAAGAUGGGGGCGAUUCAAAUGUGGAAGAUGAAUUGCCUAACCUCUCUGAUGCUGGUGUUACUGGUCCUCGAAGAGCUCAAAAACGAGCCGCUGAGGAGGAUGGCGAAGAUGCUAGUGAAGCUAAGAUUCCUGCAACUGAGGAUAGUCAGUAA